AUCAUAAACCAAAUCAUGGAGGAAUGCAUUCCACAUGAACGGGCCAACCGUGAUUUUUGUGUUAAGUUUCCUGAGGAAAUACGACAUGACAACCUUGCAGGACAGCUCUGGUUUGGAGCGGAGUGCCUGGCGGCCGGCUCAAUCAUCAUGAACCGGGAAAUAGAGAGCAUGGCAAUGCGGCCGCUGGCCAAGGGUCUGACCCGCAGCCUAGAGGAGGUCCGGGGCCUUUUGCGCGACCAGGCCCUUCGGGAUUUGAAUGUCUACACGGCCAGAAUGAAAGAAGCGCUGAAACAGUUUGAUGCCCUCUUUGCAGAAUUUGAGCUAAGCUACGUCUCUGCCAUGGUGCCUGUGCAGUCCCCCAAGGAGUACGAUGCCCAGCAAGAGGUCAUCGUGCUCUUCUGCGAAACAGUGGAGAGAGCUUUAAAGCUUGGGUACCUUACUCAAGACAUGAUCGAUGACUAUGAGCCAGCGCUGAUGUUUACGAUCCCACGAUUAGCCAUUGUAUGCGGGCUGGCUGUUUACCCAGAGGGUCCCCUGAACCUUGACCGCAAAGAAGAAGACAUGUCCGAACUUUUCAGGCCCUUUCACACAUUGCUAAGGAAAAUAAGGGAUCUGCUACAGACUUUGACAGAUAAAGAGUUAUAUAUUCUGGAAUGCAACCUCUGCAUAUCCCAGGAUUUCGACUUUCCUGCCCGUGGUGGCCCCGAAGUGCCCUCUGCUCUGAUUCCCAACUUAAUGGCAGCGCUGCCCUCCGAUGCUCUGCCCGAAAGGUCUGAGAACGCCGAAGCGGAGCUGGCCUGCUCCAUGCAGCACGACAAGCAGGAGCUGGAGCAGCUGAGCCAGAUGGUCUGCAGGGCGGGAGACGAGAUGUCCUUGCUGCUCUCACCGCCCGCCCCCCGCAGCCCCCCGGCUGGCCGGCCUGGCCCGAAGCGUGGCUCAAGCGGGGAGCCCUCCCCGACGGGCAGCCUGGCUGGCGAGGAGGAGCACGUGUUCUUCAUCGACGAUUUAGAGGCAGCCAGGCAUGCCUGUGCCGGGAGAGGCUCAGCCAGGGACGCGUGCCGCGGACCCUGCCGUGCUGUGCCGUGCGGCGAGCCUGCCGUGUCCAAGCGCCGGCCGUGCGACCUCAGUGACAGCCGCAGUGCUGAGGAGAGCCGCCGUGUGUCUGAUGCCUCCCCUCCCAAGUCCUGCACUUGCUCCGAAGGCCCCGAGUCACACCUGUACUUCGGCACCUGGGAUGUUUACACGCACGAUGCAGAGGCGGCAGAAAUCAUCGCCCAGCGGACCGGGGGAAUGAAAAUCUCUGCCACAGUCAUAUUCAAUCCCAGAUCUUCUGCAGGCCUGGAGCCCUCAGCUUCAGCCAAGGUCAGAGACUUGUGUGCUUUGGCUGAGGAAGACCCAGAGCUCCGCCAGCUCCGCGUGGCUGGCACAAAUUCCCUCGUUAAUCCCUGUGCGUGUUGUGGGGCCCGCGAGAACAGCGGAGAGGAAAACCUCCGCUUAAAGAUGAACGGUUUUAUGGGAAACACGAUCAACCCAUCUUCCAGUUCGCUAAAAUUGAAAGAAAGGGGUCAUCGAGAUCAAAGGGAACGUGUGCUCUCUGCACGAGAAGAAUUACAUGGCGAACCGUACAUUUUGCUGGCAGAAAGAGACCCUUCUGAAGAGGCCCUGGCUCUUCCCGGCGCCUGCAAGUGCAGGGCAGCAGCCCCAGGUCCCGAGCGUGCAGCCGAGGAUGGAUCCGAAAUGGACGAAGGAAUCAUGGGUCAGCCAAAGUACGAAAGGCAGCUUCUAACUGAAAUGUCAUCUCUAGUCGCUGAAGAAACGAAUGGAAGAAUAGUGAAUGAAGACAAGGAAUCUCGAUCCAGCUCAAGCAUCUGGACAGCGGGUGCUGGCUCAUCGGAUCUGGAGGAAACCCAGCUGGGCUCCCGGGCAGUGCAAACGGCCUCGGCAGAUCCGGUCCGGUCUCGAUUCCACAGCAGCAGCGACCUCAUUCACCGGCUUUUUGUGUGCAUCUCAGGUGUCGCAGACCAGCUGCAGACCAACUAUGCCUGUGACUUGCGAAGUAUUUUAAAGACCUUAUUCGAAGCGAUGGCAACCAAACCCGAUGUGGAGGACAAGAAAUUGCAAAAGAAAGUCAAUCCCCAUUUAAGCAACCUAGCUCCCGAAGACUGUGCGCUCUGUCAGGAGACCGUGUCGUCUUCGGAACCUGCAGAGAAGGCCAAGAAUGGAAACUUUGAAGAUCCUCCCGAGUGGGUGCCGGAUGAAGCCUGCAGCUUCUGCACUGCAUGCAAUGCCCCCUUCACCGUGAUCCGCAGGAAGCAUCACUGCCGGAGCUGUGGGAAGAUCUUUUGCUCCCGCUGCUCUUCUCACUCGGCCCCUUUGCCUCGGUACGGCCAGAUGAAACCUGUCCGCGUGUGCACCCACUGCUACAUGUUCCACGUGACGCCGUUCUACAGCGACAAAUGGGACAUCUGA